AUCAAGUACUUUUAUUAGAAGUAAACAUGAAGCUUUCCCCGUUUUACUUGGUAACCCUCCUGGGUCUUGCAACUGCUGCCCAAGAACGCUUCAGCUACGAUGGGUACAAGGUGUACAGCGUUACUAUCAAUUCGAUUCAGGAGGCGGAACUAUUAGACGUCUUCAGUUAUGAUCAGCGAUUCGACUUUUGGUCAAAACACCGAAUUGUUGGAAAACCUAUAGAUGUUAUGAUAUCACCAAGUGGUCAAGAUGAAUUUGAAUCAACAUUGAAUUACCACAACAUAAAGUUCGAAGUUAUGAUCAACAAUUUUGAGGAGAAAGUGCAGGCUCAGUACAAUCGUCUCAAAUCCAGAGCCAGAGUUGAUUCAGGCGACGUUAGCUUUACAGAAUAUAUGCGUCAUGACGAAAUAAACGCCUACUUGCGACGACUUGAGGCAGAUUACCCCAAUGUCGUCACCACAGAAGUAAUUGGGAAAUCCUUUGAAGGCCGAGAUCUGCUCAUCAUCAAAAUCUCAAGUGGCGGCUCUGAUAAACCUACGAUAUUUGCUGAUGCUGGUAUCCACGCUAGAGAGUGGAUUGCUCCAUCUACCGCACUCUAUGUCAUUAACCAACUUGUUGAAGUACCUGAAAACAGUUAUCUGUACGAAAAUGUUGACUGGGUCUUUAUACCAGUGGCCAAUCCAGACGGCUAUGAAUAUACCCACGAUGUGGAACGUAUGUGGAGAAAAACCAGAUCCACUGGUACGAUCUGCUUCGGCGCAGAUCCUAACAGAAACUUCGGAUACCACUGGGGAGCAUCAGGAUCCAGUACCUGGCAGUGCAGCGACAUAUACGCCGGUCACAGAGCUUUCUCCGAAGUAGAGACUCAAGCUUUAAGGGACUACCUCUCGGCUCACAGUCACCACAUCAGCCUGUACGUAGCCAUACACAGCUACGGUAACUGGGUUUUAUAUCCUUGGUCAUACGCUGACCUCCUUCCUGAUAACGCAGACGAACUCCAAACUGUCGGGAUGCUCUACAACGACGCCGUCAACGAGUAUAAUGGAAAUAGUUAUAUCGUGGGUAAUUCAGCUGCGCUUUUGGGUACUACUGCUGGAUGUAGCGAUGAUUAUGCUAGAGGUGGUCUUGACAUCAAACUGUCUUACACUUUGGAGUUGCCUGGAGGUAGUACAGACGGGUUUGAUCCUCCAGAGUCUGAUAUUUUGUGGAUAGUUGAAGAGGCUUGGGUAGGGUUUAAAGCGUGGCAUGGGUAUGUGGAGUCCUCUUCUGCAAAUUCUUCUAAGUGAAUUACUUACAUAUAUUUAUAAAUAAACAGAUACACACAGACA